CUCGAUGAGACGCGGGUCUGGGCGAUCGCAUGGCCCGACUCGUGGAUGAACGAAUUCCAUGGCUUGGAUGGAUUAAUUAACGUUCCUUGGGAUGGAUGCCUUCCUCUCGUCCGUUGGAGGCUUUUUCCACUCUUCUUGAAGGCGUCUGGUGUUCCCCGGAUCCUCUUUUUCUGGCUGUCGUGUGCCUGUCUGGCCUUAAUUGCUGUGUUAGUUCUUCUGUCUAAUUUUACUUUCUUGCCGUCGUUAAUUUGCUCGUCUGAUCUUGGCCUUUUCCCACUGACUUUCUCUUUCUCUCAUUUCUUCGUCUUUGUCUUCCCUCUUCUUCUUUUAUCUCAUCUAUUCGCCCACUUCCAUCUCGAUCCAUCUCCCACCAUCAAUUAACUGCCAUGCCAUGUCUUCACACGACGUCGGCCGCCCCACAGAGCCAGAUGGCCUCAUCCUCGAAGCCUGGGGCCAAGGCCUCAUGGUCGGUUCCCUCCUCGUGAUGGCCGCCGUCACCUUUGCCAACAUGAAGAAACACAUUCUCCUGCACAAAGUUAUUUUCGCAGAGCUCAUCCUCGCCAUGCCCCACGGAACCUUCAUCUUCCCCAAAUCCCCCGCUUACGGCUGGUACCUCUCCGUCACGGCAAUCGGUCUGAACAUCUCCUGGUCUCUGCAUAAUGUGAUUGCGUGGAUGAAGAACCGCCCGUUCCUAUCGCGCAAGGUGUCGAUGUUUUAUAUCGGGACCGUCAUUCUAGUGCAGCCGUAUUGGGUGUUGGAGAUUUAUGCGAAUUUCGCUUACUAUAAUGGGAUUAAUGAUAUGUUUUUGACGACGAGGCCGUUGGAGCCUAUUUUUCGUGAUCCGUGGUGGGUGUUUACGACCUGCUCGCUUGUCUAUACCAUCAAACGACAGUAUAACUUUGGCGUUAUUGAGCUUGUCACCGUGAGUCCGCGGUUCGGAAUCAUGCUUGCUUCCAUGUGUCUCUCAAUUGCGUUUAUCGUGGUCGAUACGUGUAGCGUUCUUAAUGUUUUCGGUACCGCUCUACCAACGGGUAUUGAACCGUUCUGGAAGUUAUCGUUCAUCUUCAAAUGUCUCUGCGACACGGUUAUACUAGACGACUUCAAAACCGCCCUCGACCGUAUGCGAACAUACUGGUGGCGAAAGACGCGCACGGAGGAAUUACUCCUUAGUGAUCAGAUGGGGAGUAGUGGUGGGCGGCAUCCACGGCGCAUGGAUGAUAUCGAGGCUGCUGCUGCUGGCAGGAUCCAGCAGAAGCACAAGUUGGAUGAAAUUCCCAGGGUUUAUACGAGGGAGAAUAUAGAUGCGUGAUGGAGUUUAUAUUGCUGUAUAUGGUUGUAUAUAAUAUAGAUAUCGGUUAAUGAUUUGACGUAUAUAAUGCUGAUAUUAAAU